UUCCUGAUGAAGAGGAAGUGGGGUGUGCCCGGCGCGGGCCGGCGGCGGUUCCGGUAUUGGUGCUGCCGCUGUGAUGGCUGCGGCCGCCAGCGCCACGUCUCCGGCUGACAAGGAGAGAUUCAUCUGCAUUUAUCCAGCGUAUCUGAAUAAUAAGAAGACAAUAGCAGAAGGAAGAAGGAUACCUAUAGACAAAGCUGUUGAAAAUCCCACAUCUACAGAAAUCCAGGAUGUAUGUGCAGCAGUUGGAUUCAACGUGCUAUUAGAGAAAAAUAAGAUGUAUCCCAGAGAGUGGAACAGAGACGUGCAGUACAGAGGUAGAGUACGAAUCCAGCUCAAACAAGAUGAUGGUAAUCCAUGUUUACCUCAGUUUCCAACACGUAAGUCAGUGAUGCUGUAUGCUGCAGAAACUAUUCCCAAACUGAAAUCAAGAACCCAAAAGAUGGGAGGUAGUGAUCAAAGUCUUCAGCAAGGAGAGGGAGGCAAGAAAGGUAAAGGGAAGAAAAAGAAAUGAGCUCACAUUUGGAAUGAUUGUUACAUCACAUAGUUGUAUUUACGACAAAGCUGGAUGGACGCAUUACUUGCUGCAACUUCAAAGUGACAGAUAAAAGCAAGAAAUAAACAGGUGAAGCUGAACAGAACGUUUCUGGGAACUGGAAUGCAUGAGCUGCCUCGCAUCUAUGUAAAAAUAAACCUGUCUUCACACACAACCUGCAAGUCUGAAGCUAGCACCCACUUUUAGAAGUGGAAGAACAUAAACUGGGUGGGAGGGAAAUUAUUCUUUACAGAGGAAAUAUGCAGCUUUUGAUAAAUACAUGAAUAAAUACUCUUAUGCAGACUAGAUACCUGAAAACUGGUUGCCUUAGUAAGCAAUUUAUCUAUGCUAGUGAAGUGAUUUUCUUAAUUAUGGAGGGUCUUUGUCACAGAGAGAAAAAUGUAAAUCGAUGUUAUGGCUGUAUAAACUUCCCCUCAUAAUAAUUGUAGAAUUAUAGAAUCAUUUAGAUUGGAAAAAGACCCUUAAGAUCAUUGAGUCCAGACGUUAACCCAGAACUGCCAAGUUCACAACUAAACCAUGUCCCUAAGUGCCACAUCUACAACGUCUUUUAAGUACCUGCAGAGAUGGUGACUCCACCACUUCCCCAGUGCAGACAGCCUGUUCCAGUGCUUGACAACCCUUUUGGCAAAGAAAUUUCUCCUAAUAUCCUAUCUAAAAUAUUUCAAUUUAAAAUACUCCCUCUUUCACAACUGUCAAGUAUACUAAUAAAAGUGACAUGUUAAUUUAAAAAAAUGUAAUUUUAUAGAAUACUUCUUCCAAAAGUGUUACUUUUUACUGCACAGCCUGUUGUAAAGAAGUCAGUGAUAUAUAUUGUAAGGAUAAUAGUGUAAAGUUUUAAGAUAAUUGGGGAGGGCAGGGGGAAGAGCUCCCUUUUGUGUCUUAUAUAAUAUGGGAUACUAUAUCAUCCUAUUUGGGGUUGUUUGAGACCUUAGGAAAUGAGGCUUUAAUUUUCUAUCCUAUUUCAGAUGUCUGAGGCUUGCAGUAUUUGGUAACUUGAAACUUUUUUUUUUAAUGUAGUCCACACACAGGGACAUAAAGUUACUUGAAGAAGGUGAGUUAGUCACAACAGCUGUCAAGUAGCAAGGCUCCUUCAAACUACGUAAGAAAUGUACUGUGCAAAUUAAAUGAGGGAUAGUUCAAUACAAGGAGACUGAAAAAGAAGCAGCAGUACCUGUUUUGAGUUUAAAACCAAAAAUCCUGCAUGAGUUUUCUAAUCCUUACUGUAUGAAAACAAAAGUCAGUUGAAUGCUUUCACAGAUGACUAUUGGAAGCAAGUUAUCAGAUUAUUUUUGAUAAAUUUUUCAUGUGGCAACAUUCUCUUUCAAGACUUGUCUCAUCUAUCAAGUAUGCUAUUCUAUGGCAUCACCUUUUUCCUACUUUAAAGAGAAACAACAUUCAAAAUGCAUUCAGAUAUUUAAUGACGAUUCUAAAGUAAUGAAACUUGGUAAGGUUCUUGGUGAUAUCCCAAGUUACUUCUUCUUGUAGUUUGAGUUUUCUUACGUUCGUACGUUUCUUGUUGCACUCAACUGCAUCUUUUUCAAAUGGAUGGUGAGUUACCAGUGCCCCUUGAAGCUGAUGCCAGUAGGUACCCAUAGUGCAACUGCUUAGAGCCCCUGAUUUGUAACUAGUUCAAAAUCAAUUUUAUUUUCUGCAUGUAGUACUCUGUGAGUCUGGUUCUUGCAUUGCAUUGUUCACCGAAGGAGGACUGCAGUUCUACCAAAUCCAGAAGCUGCCAUAGCAAGUUCCUGAGUCCAAACCCUGUAUAUGUAGGGUGUCUAAAAUGGAAUAUCUUAGGAGAAGAAAAUUCUGUUUUCUAAGGCUGUAAUCAACCAUGGUUGUAUAUAAAUAUCUUUAGGUUUGCAUCUGGUGAUGUGACAGUUCAUGUAUUCUAUGUUUGGACUAUCUGACCUUGAAAAUGCACCUAAAUUUGGAGAAGUUAGUUAAAUGGUAUCUCUCUGAGUUGAUGGAAUGCUUUAGGGUAGGAACAGCAGGAACAGGUGCUAUCUGAAGGGGGGGAGGUUUAGCAGAAAACAACUGGACAUUGUCAGAGAUUGUUGGUUAUGUCCACUCUCUGUAAAGUUACAGAAGUGCUACAGGUUACCUGCAACAUAGGGAAAAAUACUAAGUGAGGUAUGCAAGCAAGAGUGGAAGACACACUUGUGAUAUAAAACACUGUAACUGCCACAGAUGAUGAGGCUUAAGUUAUUCCUGGCUUUUCCAGAGUGCUGAGUAACUUUACUGAAACUUUAUAAAGUGAGCUCUGUGAAAAUUAAUUGGUACGAGUUAAGUGGAGGGGAAUGACUCCAGCCAAGUCCUGGCCAUGUUGCGCCUAGGUACUCUAAAUCAGAGCUUGAGACUAUGGACAGAUGAAAAAUGUGGAGGUUAAAUCCCAUGGGACAUCUGUUUUCAGUGUCCAGAAAUUAAGUAUCUUGCGAACUUGUCUGUGCUAUGUUAUGAAUGUUGAGAAAGAAUCUUGGUGGCAUUGCUUACCAAAAUUUCCCAAGGAACUCAAAAUAGUAAAGCUGUUUUAAAGUGUAAGAAAGAUCUCUGGAAAGAGUAAUAUUGAGCUCAAAUGUGUGAAACUGUGAUUUAAUCAAAUAAACAAAGCUCUUCAGGUAUUUUGGUUAAAGCUGACUUUUUUUAAGCAAAUUGUGCAGUGCUGGGCAAUCAGAUGGUUACUGCCAUUAGGGGGUUGAAAUCUGAUUUCCGCAACGCCUGCCUGCUUAUCCCCCAUCUCUGAAUGGGUUCCACCUGGUUUUAGUGUAAUUACAGUGUGUGAGCAGUAUUUGUUCCUAAAUGAGGCAUCAUGAAGUUAAAUGCAACUCCUCCUUUCCUGCCAAGGUUAAGCUUAUAUUUCUGUAUUUCCUGUUUUUUAAUAAAGUGGGUUCCUUACAGGCUUAAAAAAAGUGGGUCAAGACAGUAAGUCAGGUUCUUCUGAAGGUCUUCCUCUUCCUCAGCACCCUUCCCAUCUCCCCUUCUCCCCCUUGCUUUCUGGGAACAGGGAAGAUACGAGGAUAUUGCAGGAAUGUGAGUGGAGAUGAGGCUGCUGUAAAAAUACAGAAAUACUGCAACUGUCAGUCUCAAUGCUAUCAAUAAAAAGUCUUUUUUGAGGGAAAACUGGGUGAUAAUGGACGUCUUUUUAUUUCACCAGUCUUGUUUUUACAGUAGUCUGAGAAUUUGCUUAAGCAGUAUAGUUCUAAAGGGGCAGUGGUCUGUAGUUUCCUGUAGGUGGCAAUAUUAACAAAGACGUGCAUUGCUGAGCGGGAAUUUACUCUGUAUCAAAGACGUGAGUAAUAUGGAUAUUGAUCUAGUGUCCCUCCAGAAGAGACUAGUCUAGCUGUUUAAAAAUACAUACUUGUUUUGCUGUACUGCUUUUUGGAUACCUAGGCAAAGAUUUCACAUUUGAAAGGGACAUGUGAGCUAAGAAUCCUUGUAACAAUCCUUGUAAGUUUCUGUGUCAGUAUCGUAUGGGGACAUUGGCUGUUAAGCAGAUCUGAAGGUACAGGCAAUUAACAAAGGAAUUAGUAAAAAUGAAGUUUCAGAACUGUUGCCAGAUGUGUCAGGGCAUAUAGCUGCUGUAGCAGAAGCACAACAAUCAUUAUUCAGUUCUGAUUUCAAAUGUUACUUUGAAAUGUGUUUUAACUUGGGAAGGGGCAAUAAUGUAUGGCCAUAUGUAGUUCUCCAUGUUCAGCCAUAAAAUAAAUUUCUCACAGACCAGCUCUGCGGAAAAUGGCUGUUCUUAAAAAGCUUGCCUGGUGUGCAUCUUGUUCUUUGAGUGUACUUACAAGUUACAGCCUUCUAGCCAAAACUCCCUUUUGGGGCAGCAUGUACAUCUGUUGUUCAUAUACUUGAGCGUGUGAAAGAUGGUGUGGCUCCCGUGUUUCCUGCUGUCUCUAGCUGCAGAUGUGGCUGUGUUGGAACAGAGUGGACUAUUUCAUUUGUAAAGUUCCUGCAAUGAUCAUCUAGUCCAACUGCCUGACUGCUUCAGGGCUGACCAAAAGUCACAGUAUGUUGUUAAGGGCAUUGUCCAACUGAGAGGCUUGGGGCAUUGACUGCCUCUCUAGUGUCAAGUCUGAACCUCCCCUGAGGCAGCUUUGAACCAUUCCCAUGUGUCUCGUCACUGGAUACCAGUUAUUUAGCUUCUUCCUGUUACAGACUGGCCUUUAUGGGGUUAAUUCAUCUCUUCUUAGGAUAAAAUAACCUAGCUUUUCAAAGAGUUUUUUGGCUUGGGUUUUUUUUCCCCUAAAGAAAAAGGACAAUACAAAUAUUCUCUUCAUGUAUUGCUUUAUAACUUUUAAGCCUGUUGCAUCAUUGUUGGGACAAAAAAAGGCAAGGAGAAUGAGUGUUCAUCCUUCCUAGUUGGCAGUUUGCUCUGACCAAGCCAUAUUUAGUAUGUUGGGUGUUCAGUCAGCACACAUGCAGCUGGAGAUAAGGUACAGAUUAGAUCUGGCAAGAGCUAGAGAUAGGAGAAUUGACUAUACUAUAGCACCUGGUGUAAGGGAGGUGGGAGAAGGGUGACCAUCAUUGGUAGAAAGGGCCCUGGGAAGAGCAGGGGACACUCCAGGUAGGAACAGGUUGCCUGCACUGUAGUGCUGUUUCUUAUGAAACAAUAUGUGUGCCUUUUUCCCCUAUAUCAAGGUCUGGGUUUUUUUGGGGGGCUGUGGGUUUUUUGUUGUUGUUUGUUUGUUUUUCCCAGAUAGUAACAGAGGAUGAUAAGGAGGCUGCAGCACCUCCCAUACAAAGACAGGCUGAGAAAGUUGGGGCUGUUCAGCCUAGAGAAGAGAAGCUGCAUGGAGACCUUGGAGACCACAUAGCAGCCUUCCAGUAUGUGCCGAAGAAGGACUCUUCAUCAGGCACUGUAGCGAUAGGACAAGGGGUAAUGGGUUCAAACUUAAACAGGGGAAGUUCAGGUUAGAUGUAAGGAAGAAGUUCUUUACUGUGAGAGUGGUGAGGCACUGGAAUGGGUUGCCCAAGGAGGCUGUGAAUGCUCCAUCCCUGGCAGUGUUCAAGGCCAGGUUGGAUGGGGCUUUGGGCAACCUGGUCUAGUGGAAAGUGUCCCUUCCCAUGGCAGGGAAUUGGAACUAGAUGAUCUUUAAGGUCCAUUCCAACCCAAACCAUUCUGUGAUACUAUGAGUUUAGACAUGUCUGAUUAAAGGCUUUAAGACAUCUCCUCCUGCAAAGAUGAAGCAAUACCAAAUGGUAGGCAUAUAAAGUGUUGUGGAAUUCCACAGCCUCGGCAAAGGUGGCUGCGUGGCCUUCCAAAAGAUGCUAAAUCCAAAGAACAGCAUCUUCGAUUAUAUUUUACUAGACCAGUUCAUGUGCUCAUCUAAGGAACUUUUUCAAAGGCCUCCCUCCCUUAGUGGUUGUUACUCCUCAAGCACUUUUCGUUCCAUCACACUGGAUGUAGCAGUUUUCUGGAAAGACUGACGUUCAGUGUAUUUUGCAUGGUUGCCAGACAUGCAGCUUACAGGAAAUACCAACAGUCUCUCAUGACCUACAAGAAUUUGUCAUUCCAUUUCUUUAAAACUCUGUUCUUCCUCCUACAUGUAAGAAGUUACUGUUGGUUGAGUCCAAAAUGGGGGUGGAAGGUGACUAAGAAAUUAGUUGAGUAUUUUUGUGUUGAUUCUUAGACUAGUUAAAUGGAGUUGACAAGACCGGAAUGCAAACUCAAGACACCUUCUUAAAUUUGUCAGAUGAAGAAAAGUUGUGAGAGUUUGAUGUGACAAAUAUUAAUCCCAUCUUCCACUACUUAAAAUAAUUUCUGUUCUUUGUUACCUAUCUUGCUUUGGUUUGAAGAACUCAGUUUCAUUUUAGUGUCACUAGUGGUGAUGUUAUCAUUGUGGGGGUUUUUUUUAAAUGUUUUUCGGAACUUUCUUUCCUUUUUGCUGAGUUUGGAGAUGUGUAGGAUAAAGCAGAAGAAAUGUCCUACUUACAGUGGCAGCAGAAAGAACUGUGAGUGUAACCCCCCCUUCCUGCCAAUAACAGCAGUAUUAUUUGUUUAGGUCACUUAUGGAACACUAGAAAAAUCAAAAGGCCAGAGAAAGCUUUGAAAUCCCCAUAGUUUGCCAUUUUUCCUCUCUCUGUUUCUAAACACUAAACCUUAAUGACUUGUUAAGUAAGCAAAGCCAUCAAGCUUGCAGCUGCGCUGCAUAGGCAGCUGCUUGUGGUGCUCACUGUUGAGAACAGAUCUGCAUUCCAAACUUUUCUGUUAAGGCCUGAAGCUCUAAAACAGCUUAGUUGCACCCCCAGAUCCAGUCACGAAGCAGAAAUCCUUCCUUCAGGCCUUCAGAGAGGUUUCUACUAGCUCCACAGUAAUGAAGUUGGGGGGGGAAGCAAGUAUCCUGUAAAGACCUUCUGCCUUAAAGUAACUGGGCUGUCGUUGAGGUGUAAGAUUCUUAAGAUCUUAAUACUGAGGCAUCAUUCCAGUCAUGUAAGAAUCUCUUUUUUUAUUUGUAUCCAUUUUUAUUUAGCACAUUACAACUUCAGCACAGACAUGGGAGUAUAUGUGUGUACCAACAUCUGCACAUAAAUGUUGUGAAGAUGAAACUGAGAAGAGCACAGAUCGAUGGGGCCAGCCCAGUGGAGUUACUUGCAGGAAAGAAUAACUUUUCUGAUGCAGAAAUUCAGUAACUUCUACUUGCAUCAAGGCAAACAAUAUCACAUUCUGUUAACAAUGUUCUACUACAAGUAGAAAUCUGACAAAGGAAUACUGAAUUUAGCUGCUUAUGUCAAGAAAUACAAAGUAGUAGAGACAAGAAUUUGAUUUUAAGCCUAACUUUUAAGUUCUAAGGAGAGAUGUAAGAAAGUAUUUUAAUGCUUACCUAGAAAUGUUUAUCCCCAUUAAUAACUGUGGAAGAAAUGUUUAGUAGUAUGAGAAAUUACAAAUAAGUUCUGCUUCUGCUACAGACUUUGUUAGGCUUGUAAAGUCCAAGAUUUAUCAGCAGCUUUUAAAGAAGUAUGUUACAUAGUACUCUGUACCUAAAUCAGAUAAGACUAUUAAGUAUUUUUAUUUACUACUUAUGUUUUCAAGAGGUGAAGCUAAAUUACACUGGCCACAUGACCUCUAAAUACACAGUCAAUAGGGUUUAAAACACAGCAUUAGGAUUUAAGUAUGGCUUACAGAACAGCUCAGUGGGUUUAAGACAGAGGAAGGCAAGACAAGAAAUGAAUCCACUUCUAUGGUGAGUCACUUCAGACUUUUCACAGACCUACAACUUUGCUGUAAACUUUUAUUCCCUUCAGCACAUCCACUCAUAAUAAAAAGUUGUCGUGGAA